AUGCAGAUCUUCGUCAAGACUCUCACGGGCAAGACCAUCACGCUUGAGGUCGAGUCGUCGGACACGAUCGACAAUGUCAAGUCGAAGAUCCAGGACAAGGAGGGCAUCCCUCCCGACCAGCAGCGCCUGAUUUUCGCCGGCAAGCAGCUCGAGGAUGGCCGGACCUUGUCCGAUUACAACAUCCAGAAGGAGUCGACGCUCCACCUCGUCCUCCGCCUUCGUGGCGGCAUGCAGAUCUUCGUCAAGACACUCACGGGCAAGACCAUCACCCUCGAGGUGGAGUCUUCGGACACAAUCGACAAUGUCAAGUCGAAGAUCCAGGACAAGGAGGGCAUCCCGCCUGACCAGCAACGCCUCAUCUUUGCCGGCAAGCAGCUCGAGGACGGCCGGACCCUGAGCGACUACAACAUCCAGAAGGAGUCGACGCUCCACCUCGUCCUCCGUCUCCGCGGUGGCAUGCAGAUCUUCGUCAAGACGUUGACCGGCAAGACGAUCACGUUGGAGGUGGAAUCGUCGGACACAAUCGACAACGUAAAGAGCAAGAUUCAGGACAAGGAGGGCAUCCCGCCCGACCAGCAGCGCCUGAUUUUCGCCGGCAAGCAGCUCGAGGACGGCCGUACCUUGAGCGACUACAACAUCCAGAAGGAGAGCACUCUACAUCUUGUACUGCGCCUGCGCGGCGGCCAGUAA